AUGGAUACGGUCUGCCCGGUGUGCGUCUGCAGAAUUAUAACGAUGAUAUACUCAGAAGAAGUGGCCAAAGCAUGUUCGUAUUGUGGAGUUACUGUAACUAGGGAUGAGAAGAACUGCUCUUUCUCUGGGAAGAUGUCUCGCAAUGCAAUGUCUUAUGGGACCGAGGCAAGUGCCUUUUCGUCGUGCGCUCGAAAUGCACGUCCGAAAGCCUUAAUGGUAACGACAGGAUUCGGAAUACUAUUUCUAAUUCGAACCCGGAUGGAUGCCAAUUUUCUCACCACUUUAGCAGUUAAGAAGCGGCUCGAUUUCCGGCAGCAUAGCCACAGAUCUUCGGCCUCAUCACAGGGGUCGUACAACGAGUGGACGUACAAAUACCUAGACAUGGGAUCCAUUGUCUGUCUUUUGUUCGUUUCCUUUGUGCUCGAAAACUUCACGAUGCCACGUCGAAACACGAGAGUCAAGCAGGAAAUCCCUGCUGACAUCCGCUGCCUGUUCUGUACUAUACAUUGUCUCCGCCAUAUCAACAAAAUAUACAAGCCGGAGGAAGGCGUCGACUAUGACAUCCGUUGUUCUAUGGAUGGGCACAGCUUGAAGGGCAAGGAUGUUUUCACUACGGAAGGACUUGUUGGGACACGAAUGUCGGGGUGCUUAUCCAAAUUUAAUUUGAAUUCUCCAGCUUCGAACGAGAUUGUUUUUGGCACGAACCCGGAGCUUUUCGCAUAG